AUGUCGGCUGCCGAGGCCGCACAGGCUUUCAAGGCGAAAGGGAACGCCGCGUUCCAAGAGGCGAAGUACCAGGAGGCAGUCGGCUUUUUCACAGAGGCCAUUAAACAAACGCCUGAUGACGCUGUUCUCUACUCCAACAGAUCCGGCGCCUACGCGUGCCUGAACAAGUUGGAGGAGGCCCUCCAAGAUGCGGAAGUCUGUGUGAAGCUCCGCCCGACGUGGGGCAAGGGCUACUCGAGGAAAGGCUUGGCGGAGUUUCGCAUGAUGAAGUACAAAGAGGCGGAGGCGACGUACCAAAAGGGGCUGCAGGUUGACCCGACUAACGAGCAACUGAAGGAGGGCCUCCAUCAGGUUCAGCAGCAGACAGAUCAACUCGUCUCCAUGCAGGCGAUGCUCGCCGCGGCGCAAGCGGUUAACAAGCACCCCAAACUGGCAAAGUAUCAGCAGGAAGACCCCGAAUACAUGCAGCGCUUGACGGAGAUUCUGAAGCAGAUCCAGAAGAACCCGCAGUCGCUCAAACUCAUCAUGGCCCAACCUGACAUGCGCAUCAAAGAGGGCGUCGUUGCAGCGAUGGGGGGGGACUUGGAGGAGGAUGAAGAGCCUCAGCAGAGCCGGACCGCAGCCUCGGCGACCUCGAAGGGGUCUCGCGAUUCCGUGGGCGCAGCUGCAGCCUCGAAGGAGAGUGAAGCGCCUGCGAAGGAGCUCACGGAGGAAGAGAAGGAGGCUGAAGCUUUCAAGCAAAAGGGCAACGAGCUGUAUAAGCAGAAAAUGUUCGCCGAGGCCCUGGAGGCCUACGACGCGGCAAUUGAAAAGAACCCCACCGAAAUCCUGUAUCUCAACAACAAAGCUGCUGUUUACAUGGAGAUGGGCGAAUACGACAAGUGCUUGGCGGAGUGCCAGAAGGCGUUGGACAAGCGUUACGAGUGCAAGGCUGAUUUUUCGAAGGUUGCAAAGGUCUACUGUCGCAUGGCUGCAUGCAAGACGCGCGCGGGCGAGUACAACGACGCUAUCGGGUUCUACGAGAAAGCUCUCUGCGAAGACAACAACCGCGCGACGCGCAAUGCGCUCAACGAAGUGAAAAAGCUGAAGGAGAAGAAGGAACGCGAGGACUACAUCAAUCCUGAGUUGGCGGAGGAACAUCGCGAAAAGGGCAACGAGUGUUUCAAGAAGGGUGACUACCCGGCUGCGAAAAAAGAGUACGACGAGGCCAUCAAGAGGAAUCCAAAAGACGCCAAGCUCUACAGCAACAGGGCGGCUGCGUUGACCAAACUCUGCGAGUACCCUUCUGCACUACGGGACGCCGACACUAGCGUGCAGCUGGACCCCACAUUUGUGAAGGGCUGGAGCCGCAAGGGCAACCUCCACAUGCUCCUGAAGGAGUACCCGAAGGCGCUUCAGGCCUUUGACAAGGGCCUGGCAAUCGAGCCCACCAACCAGGAGUGCAUUCAGGGCAAGAUGACCGUCCUGAACAAAGUGCAGCAGCUCCAGAGCUCGGGAGAGGUCGACCCCGAACAAAUGGCGCAUUCGUUGGCUGACCCGGAGAUUCAAGCGAUUCUCAAAGACCCCCAGAUGAACAUCGUGCUGAUGAACAUCCAGGAGAAACCCGAUUUGAUCCAUGAGUAUCUUCGCGACCCGAAGAUCAAGGACGGAAUCAACAAGCUUAUUGCCGCUGGUAUUCUGCGGGUUGCCUGA